AUGAAAUUCUCUACUCUACUUGCCUCCCUUGUAUUGGGGGAGGCGGUUGCUGGGCAGUCAUUUGUUGCUCCGCCUAAAAAUAUCAACGUCACUCUGUCCCAGAAGUUUCCCGGUGCCCAAAUCACAUACAAAGAAGUUAAGGGUAUCUGUGAGACUACGGCAAAUGUCAGAUCCUAUUCCGGUCAUAUCAGCCUCCCCAAGGACCUCAUUCCCGAUGCAACGGGAUGGGAGGAUGGUGUUUCGGGACAUCUGCACUUCUGGUACUUUGAGGCACGGAACAAUGCGACAACUGCCCCAACUUCCAUCUACCUUGGCGGCGGCCCUGGCUACUCUUCAUUUGAUGGCUCGGCCGUCUUCCCGUGCUACUUCAACGCAGAUGGGAAUUCUACAACCCUGAACAAGCACUCGUGGAAUAACCAUGUGAAUAUGCUUUAUAUUGACCAACCUUUCGGCGUUGGCUACUCUUACACCACUGCCCUCAACGGAACUCUCAACACCUUGGAUCAAAGUUUCUCACCCGUAACUACUGAGGCAGAGCUGCCGGAGCUGAACUUGACGACAAUCCAAGGCACUCUGCAUGCAGGCGGUCCUGAGACAGUGACAAACACGACCAUGUCGGCUGCCAGAACGUUUUGGAGGUUUGCUCAGGUUUGGUUCAACGAAUUUCCAGAGAGAAUCACGACCAACGAUGAGCUUUCCAUCUGGGCAGUAUCUUACGGCGGGCUGUAUGCCCCUUUAUUCACAUCUUAUUUCCUGGACCAAAACGAGCUCAUCCAAAAUGGAACGCAUGAAGUUGUAAAUGCGACCAGUUUUAACAUGGGCACUGUUGGAAUUAUCGACGGCUUGGUCGAGAUGAGCUCCAUGGCACUGGGGUUCCCAGAUUAUGCUCGCAACAAUACCUACGGGCUCCCAGUAUACUCCGAGGACGUCUACCAAGAGGUUGUGAAAAACAUCACCGCCCCUGAACAGGGCUGCCUCGCUUUGAUUGACGGAUGUCGAGUUGCUGCCGCCAAAGGCGACCCAGAGAACAAAGGUAUCAAUGUCGACGUGAAUAAGGUCUGUAGUACGGCCAGUCAAGUGUGUUUUGGAAUUAUCCUGCAGAGCUUCGAAAGCAAUUCGCCGUACGGCUAUUUCGACAUCACUUACAAUAGACCUGCAACCUUUCCUUACGAGUACGAGGCAGCCUUCUUCAACCAGGCGUGGGUUCAGCAAGAACUAGGUGUACCACUCAACUAUACGAGAGGCAGUCAAGCAGUCGAGACUGCCUUCUUGUCAUCGACUGGAGACCCGAUUCGUUAUGGCUUUUCUCAUCUCACGCGUCUUUUGGACGGAGGUGUCAACAUAGCCAUGGUCUACGGUGACCGAGACUACCGCUGCAACUGGAUAUCAGCUGAAAACGCGUCUCUCCAUGUCCCGUUUCAGUCGGCGGAAGAUUUCGCCAAGGCGGGCUACGAACCCAUCACGACCAACUCCUCCUACCAGGGCGGUCUUGUCCGCGAGCACGGAAAGCUCUCCUUCUCUCGAGUGUUCCAGGCCGGUCAUAGCGCCGGUGGUUACCAGCCCGAGACCGUGUCGGUCAUCUUCGAGCGCGCCAUGUUCGGAAAGGAUGUCGCCACGGGGAAGGUUGGCCUUGCGACAACGCUAGAUUACAGUUCCAAGGGCGAGUCGAACAUCCGGGGUGUUAAAAGUGAGCUUCCUGGCCUUCUCGAGAGCGUUUGUUAUGUGCUGGCGCCUGAAGGUUCAUGUACCGAUGAGCAGAUCAAGGCACUAGAGGAUGGAACGGCAGAGACUAAGGAUUUCGUGGUGACGAACCCCCCUGGAACGAAGGGUGAGCGUAUGAAGGAUGUUGACAAUGGUAAAGGAGGGAACGACACCAAUACGGGCGGUUCCGGUGGAGAUGGAGGGUCGUCUCGCGCUUCAACGCUGAUCAGUGGUGGUUGGAUGACUGCCGCGCUGGCCAUAUUGGCACUUUUGAUCGUCUAG